AAUUGUAAAGCGCUUUGGAUAAAAGCGCUAUAUAAAUGCAGUCCAUUUACCAAAAUGUGUUUUUCAUCAGUUGUACUUUGUUUGGAUAAAGGCACCUGCUAAAAGUUACAUUUUGGGUGUUUUCACUGCUGUUAAACUUAGGAUAGGGUAAUUUUUUAACCUGGACAAUAGGUAGUUUUCCUUCCUGAUGCCUGACGGUUGGAGUUAAAGGCCACUUACGCGUUCUCGGCUCGCGCUGUCCUUACUGAUCAGGCACGUACCCUAAAGAGCUCGGCGGCUAAUCGCAGAUCUGCGAUUUUGUUCGGGAGCGAGUGACGCUCGCGGCAGGUGGACACGGUGCGGUUGCCAGGCUCUUUCAUGGCACCUUAAUGGCGCUCGGCGUGGUUCCCCGGGGGUAAACAGAGUGACAGGGGCUCAGUUCUUAAUCCCAGAGAUGAGGACGGCGGCAAAAGGAUCUGAAAUGGGAUUAAUAGAUGACGCAAUCGAUUCAAGGAGAUUGUCUUUGGAUAAGUGUGCCAGUUGGAUGAGGUGCUUAAUUUGGAGGUGGUCUAAAAUUUGCUAUAAAAAAAACCACAAGGAAAUCAGCAAUAUGCUUCCAAUCCCAAACACAUAUAUGUUUAUAUAAACAAAUACUUUGUAUAAUUUUGGACAGCUAUAGAGGAAGCAUCAUAAAUCUUAUAUUGAUUUCUGCUGCUCAGAUCUUCAAACUGCUUCCAGGAAAAAUCAUUGCUCCAGUUUUCUUUUUUCCAGCUUUGGGCUUUUGUUUUAUGGUCCCUUCCAGCACUUUCUUUCUCUUUGCUGUUCUCACCGCCUCUGUUUCUCUUCACCUUCAGCCUGUCAUCUUUCCCCAGUGUCCAUCCUGUGUAAGGGAGGAGGAUCUAUUAUUCGAUUUUCAUCACUUCUGUUAAAUCUUGGUUUUUGCACAGUCCCGGGGCCUCGUUUAUGAAAUGGACUCGCAAUCAAAUUGUAUCUUAAGUUUAUUACACAGAAAACCAUGACUGAGUAGUUAUUUAUAAAAUCCCACUUUGAUGUGGAUAUGGUAAUAUUUCUCUGUAAAGUUUACACUAAACACAAGUUAAUUACCUGCUGGUUUUAUGGAGGUACUGCAUGCCUGAGGGCUGUGCACGAGUCCUGAAGUGGGCUGUGUGUGUGUUUUAAGAAUAACGUUUAUUGAUAAUCCGUUUUAGGGAGGUAGAGUGCAAUAACCAUGAUCAAUCCCAGGUCUGUUUUAUAUAAGACAUGAUGUCUAGGAAGUAGUGUGUUACAUGAGAACUAUUUUUCAGACAUGGCUGAUGAUGAUGAUGAUGAUUAUGGUGUUGUUGUUGUUGCUGUUAUUCUGAUUGUUUUUUGUCGUUGCUGUGUUGUUGUUUGGUAUUGUUGCGGUUGUUGUUGUUUGUUGUUAUUGUUGCUGUUGUUAUUUGGUAUUGUUGUGGUUGUUGUUGUUUUUUGUUGUGGGGGUGGUGGCCUGUGAGGUCCAUAAAGGGGAGAACAGCGUACACAUAUACAGGCCAGACCCAGGAUGCUAAACCCACACAGUCUCUGAUCCCACUGUACCGCUCAUUCAUUUGCUUAAAACUUUUAGAAGUAGCAUCAUCACAUUAGCUUAAUACAUCGCUUUGGGUAGGGGCAUCUUGGCACUGCCCAUCGGCACAGAUGGAGCUUACCUGGGACCCAUGUUACCUUGGCAUGGGAAAGCUACUUUGGAGGUAUGAGGAGGGGGAGGGGUAGUUUUCCUUUAGCAGCCUGCCUCCUCUGCUCUCUCUCUCUCUCUCUCCAAGUUUUAAUGUGAUUUAAUUGUGACAUUUGGCCAGCUAAGUACCUUGAUUGCUUAAUCUGAUCAGGGGGUUUGGUGACAUCCGCCCCCUCCCCUCCAUUCCCCACCACACCCCGCCCCUCGGCCAUCUGGUGGGGUACGUCAAGAGCCUAGGGCCUGAGGGAGCCGGCACAGAACCUGGAAGGAGUUCCAUUGAACCCCCCGAGAGAGCAGCCUCGCAGAUUUGUCUGACCAUCUUGGACCCCCCAUCUAACAGGGCAAGAUGGCGCGGGACAUGUCUGAUAAGGACCUCCUGAAGAUGGAGCUCGAUCAGCUGAAGGUGGAGGUAAAAACUGAGAGGGAACCGCUGUCAAAGACGGCCAAAGCGAUUGUAGAAUGGGUUGACAGCCAUUCUCCCGAAGACCCCCUCAUCAAAGGAGUGUCGGAAGAUAAGAACCCCUACAAGGAGAAGAGCGGCUGUGAAAUAAGCUAGACUGGGGGGUGGGGGUGGGGGGGUGCAGAUGGCCCACGGGCUGGAACAAAUCCGGACUGGUUCAGUCAAACACAGUCCUAAAGAGAGGAGAAUGGGAGCAGGGUAGUUAUGUGAGGCUGUGUUACUAUAGCUGUGUGUAAAUGCGUAAUCCCACAAGGUUAGAGAUCUUUUUUUAUUCCCCACACACUGCCCCUACUCCAAAGAUGCGAUGUGAUAGGACGCUGAAGAUAGCGGGGCCAGGCUCAGGACCCACCCCCACACGAGAAAAAGUGCAGCAGACCGCUUGAUCCGAAACAGAGUUGACCGCACAGUCUGGUCCCUUGUUCUAAUUCAACCUGUGGGACAGAGAACUCCAGAUGUUUUUCAACUCAUCUCAU